CGGCCUUUUCCUCAGGAAAACAUAUCACCUUCCACCACAAUAGAGCCCGUCAGGAAAUCACAGGCAGCCACAUUGCUCUCUUGAGUCUCCAAGUACUUUCAGACACGCUCUCACACUCAUCAGUCUCACACACACACACAUGCACACACUCCACAGCCUGGCAGCCCGUUCAGCCAGCACACUCCAGGAUGACAUUGUGCUGAAACACUGCAAGGCAAUCUCAUCAGUUUUGGCAAAAUCUCAAGAGCAAGCAUGCCCAUUCUAAAGAAGCUCCCGGGACGGUCCAAGAGCUGCCAUGAGUUCCCCAGAGGGAACGGGGAACUGAUCCUGCCCCGGCUGGACCUGAACGAUCUUAACGAUCUGAAGGAGCUGAACGACCUGAAGGACCUGAACAAGAACUUAAACCCUUUUGAGGAUGUGGAUCUGUAUGAGGAGGAGAGGAACGGAGGGGACAUGGGCCUCAUCAUGGGGGAGUGCAGGGGCAACCUUCAGCUCAGGUCCUCCCGGGACGGAGAAGAGGAGGAAAACGAGGUGAACGCAGAGAGGCACGGGGCAGGGAAUCCUAAAGGCAAGCCCCUCAGGGGGACACUGGAGCGGAUCUGUGGAGUGUCGCCACUCAGAACCCUCGGGAAACUAGGGAAGGGGCUGCGCAUAUCGGGACGUAAUGUAUGGGGGAACAACUCUCCUCACUACAGCCCGGGGAACUCAAACAGUCUCCCGCCAGAGAGCGAGAAAAGGAAAGGACUACGCAGGGGCUCUGAAGGAAUAAUGACCCUGCUCCGCUUUUCAGGAGGUCGUCGUAAAGAGGAGCGCAGAGAAAGCCUACCCUGCGGAAACCUGAGCAUGGACAGCGAGGCGGAGGCUUCCAGACGGUCCUCCUUCCUCAGGAUGGUCAGUCUAGGCAAGCUGAAGAGGGAGUCCAUGUCAGACAAGGCGUCCCAGGAGGCUGAGGAGGAGACAGAGGAGGAGGAGCCGGUGGUCAAAACCAGAGAGCCCCUCUCAGUACUGGAGAUCCUACAGUUGGUCAACAACAGGGACCUUCUCCUGGCCGACACACACAUCCAGGAGCUGGAGCGAGAGUGUGAGCUGCUGUCUCUCAUUCCAAACUCAGCUACUUCUACCCUUACUCCUACCUUUUCUCCCAGUACCCCUCCUGGCAUGAUCCCUUUAUCGUCCUCAUCCUUAGACGAGUCCAAUGCAACCCUGGACUCAGGCCUGCGAAAGGCUAAGGAUGUGGAGCUCCUUUACGAGGCUCUGCAGAGGGAGAUGUGGGACGUGGUGCGAGAGUCCCUCCGUCAGCCCAGCGCUGGUCCCAACCUGGGGCUGGUGGUGCUGGUCAUCCAACAAGAGGAGCAUGCUGAUGCUACCUGGGCCCUGAGAGAGGUAACCAAGCCAGAGCGAGAGGAGCCUCAGACCCAGCCCAGUAAUCGUCCCCGGCGACUUAAGAUGAAGUGGAGGCAGGCUGUGAUGGAGGCUGCAGACUGGAGCCUACCACAUCAGGUGGACACCCAGGCGGGCCAGUUGGCCUCAUACUUGGAGCGCCUGAGGGGUCGGAUGGUGGACGACCUGGAUGCAGCCAGGAGGAAUGCUGUAUCCAUUUACCCAGAGGAGUUCGCAGCCUUUCAGGUGUAUGUGGACAGUUACCAUCGAGCCGUGGCCAAACGUCUUCGGAACAUCACCAGCGGCCCGCUGCAAAUCACAGACGUCUAUUCUUUACUGGACUGGUUCUACAACAUCUACAACAGGGAUGUCCUCGGAACCAUUAGCACAACCACCGCCAUCAACUAUGCUACACUGGAGCCCAUUCUGCCCCAAGACACAGUGGACAAGCUGGAACAGGACUGCAUCAGUAUCGUCAGGGAGAAUGUGACAAUAGAGCUGAUUCAGGUUCUGGAUGAAGAGGAGAGGCGAUGGGCCCAGACUCUGCACAUAGAGGAGUACCAGUCCCACCUAGCACGCUCAGUCAUCCAGAGGUUGAAGGUGGACUUGGACAGAUCUACAUCUGUGAACCAGUUUCUAGGUGCGAGAGUGGCUCGCUGUAGUCUCAUUGGAUUGGCUGACUUUCUCUACAAUUUCCAGAGGAAGGUGGAGAUGUUUCAUGAGACUCAGGCAGAAUUUGGAGACCGAGGGGACGGAUAUGUUUCCAGGACCAUAGCUCUGGUCAACUGCUGCCCUCCUCUCAGAACCUUAGUGGAGCGCUGCAGGCAGUGUGACCCACAGGGUAGCGAAGAGUCCGUGCAGAGAGCCAACUCCUCCCUGGACAGGAUCAUCAACCAGUCAGUCAGGGUGCUGACCGACAGACUGUUUGAGCACAUCAGGCCUUUCUUUGACAAACUGAUAAAGAGAAAAUGGCUGAACAACACAGAGGCCUUUGAGGCCAUUGAAGCCAGCAUUAAACAACACUUCAAGAAGUUCAGACGGAUGGACCCUCCACCUUACCAGACGCUGGUAGGAGAGGUGCACCGGCGGGUCCUGGUGGAGUAUGUCCGAGCCAUCAUGCGGGGACGGGUCAUCUGCACAUCGUCCAAGAUGAGAAAGAGGAUGGCUUUCCGCCUGCAAGAUGAGGCCAAACAGCUGAAAGGACUUUUUAAGGAUCUGGAAUCCAGUUCAUCCUGGUUAGACAGCAUCAUCUGCCACCUGGCUGACAUCAUUCUCCUGGAGGACACUCCCUCUAUCCAGAUGGAGGUGGCUGUCCUGGUGAAAGAGUUUCCAGAUAUACGGAAGAAGCAUGUCUCCACCCUGCUGAAUAUAAGAGGGAUGAUGCGGCAGGCCGAGCGCCAGGAGAUCCUCAACAUCGUCAAAGACUUUGAAUGCAGAAACGCCCUCAUGUGCAGGGACCACGCCCUCUUUUCCGACAUCCCCAUCACCUCGGAGGUGCACUGUAUCAGCCUGGGUCUCCUCCGACUCGCCAUGACCAUCUCCAACUGGUUCUCAGAGCACCGUCCCAGGCGAAACUGCACGGCAAGUGGCAGGAACGAAAAACCUCAACCUGCGGAGAGCCAGAACAUGGAAGACAUAAAUAAACUGCACCGAGAAGACUAGCUGUUGGUGUUUGUGUUAGGAGAGCGGUCACAGGCACACUGUGAAGCCAGAUGAGAUGUGCAUGCACCUUGAAACUGAUUGUACCAAAUAUAGUUACCAGAAACUUGACCUCAGGUACUGCUCGUACUGUACACGCUCACUGACUCACACUGACAUUUCUCCAUCUCCAGAAGUGCAUUUUAAAUGGAAGUGAUUUCUAGUUUUAUAUAUAUAUAUAUAUAUAUAUAUAUAUAUAUAUAUAUAUAUAUAUAUAUAUGGAUCUACACGUCUACAGAAGUAAACAAGUGGUAUCAAAUAUCCUCAAAAUGUAACUUCUCCAGUCUUUUUAUAAGCCUUUAUCCCACCAUACGCAACUGCUAGCAGAUGCAAUGCAAUAUGAUCUAUAAUGUCUUGCUGUUCAACAUAUAUAUACACCUAACCGUAUAUAACCAUUCUCUGGUAUAUAGUCCACAUCUAUGUGAGGAUGUAGUGUAUAGAAAUUGCAAUGUGUUGAAACUCACUGUGAAUGAAAUGGAUCUGUUGCUGGAAACAUAAUAAAAACCCAUUGAUUGGGUAGACUAAACAGA